UGCCCUUAGAUCUACACUUUGCUGUAUAUUCAUUCUUUUAUUUUGCUUUGCUUAUCGUAUCGCGCUUGUCUUUUGAUUUGUAGACCUCCCUCCAUGGCGAACCGAGUGACCCUGUUUGAGCCCCCGCCACUGGAUGCCUCCAGGGCGCCGAUCGAAAAUGUUCUGGACCUGACGCCGGUAGUCGAUAUUGGGCCGGAUGUCUUCACGAACACCCGUCCCCUCUGGCACCCCCCCGGUGCGCGGGGUAUAUACGGUGGCGCGGCCAUCGCGCAAUCACUUGCCGCGGCAAUGCGCACGGUGCCCACCGAUUUCGCCGUCCACAGCAUGCACUGCUACUUUGUCCUCGCGGGCGACUCCGAGAUCCCGAUUUUAUACCACGUCGAACGAGUGCGCGAUGGAAGAAGCUUCAUCACCCGGACCGUCCAAGCGCGCCAACGCGGCCGUCCCAUCUUCACCACCACCCUGAGUUUCAGCAAGGCCAACAGCGGAGGAAAGAAGACCCUCCAACAUGCGGCCCCGAUGCCCGAUGUUGAGCUUCCGAAGGAGCCUACACCGGGGUUGAGGGGAACUUUCGACCAGUCGGCUGCUGGUGGUCCUUUCGAGUCGAAAAAGGCCGGCAUCGUGAACCGAACCUCCACCAACGCCGAAGAAAAGAAGAUUCGCCGCUUUUUGCGAGCCCGGGGGAAGAUCUCUGAGACGGGCGGCCACCAGGCGAAUCUCUCCGCGCUCGCGUACAUCACCGACAGCUUCUUCAUCGGCACCGUCACCCGCGUGCACGACAUCCCCCGGUUUACCUCGCCGCAGGAACUCGAGCGGGCGUUGAAUGCGCUGAAGAACCCGUCUGACCUGGACGACGAGGACAUUGCGCGCGCGCUCAAGGAGCUCAAGGAGGAGGAGACGCUGGAACUCCGCCGUCGGCUCGAGGGGGCCCUGAGCAAGGUGACGGCGGAGAAGAACAAUGCCGACCGCAAGGAGGUCGGCAUGAUGGUCAGUCUGGACCACUCGAUCUACUUUCACAACCCGUGGGCGUUCCGCGCGGACGAGUGGAUGCUCACCGAGAUGGAGAGCCCGUGGGCUGGUGAAGGUCGUGGUCUGGUGCUGCAGAAGAUUUGGUCUAAGGAUGGGGUGUUGAUCGCCACAUGCACGCAAGAGGGUGUUGUGAGGUUAAAGCAGGAUGAGAAGCCUCGCUCAAAGAUCUAGCAGUACUUGUCUGUCUUAGAUCUCGUUUCUUUCCUUUCUUUUUACAUUCCGUUAUAGAGCUCUUUGCAC